AUGCCAAUUAGGUAAACACACUACUGAAAAACCGGUGUUAGCAAAGCCAGCUGCUACUCCAAAACCAGUUCCCAAGGCAACUCCUGCAACUGAUGUGUCGUCAAAAGAUGCUUGCUCUAGGUGCCGCCAAGGAUUCUUUUGCUCAGAACAUGGUUCACAAGUCAAAGUAAUGAAUCCAAAUCCACCAAGUGCUGUAACAGUUAGCCCUGCUGAAAGCAAUACAAGUGUACAGGAAGGCCUUUCUGCUCCAGCAAAGAAGAUGGUAGAUAUAAAUGAACCCCAAACCUGUAGAAAUAAGGGAUGUGGUAAAACUUUUAAAGAAAAAGAUAAUCAUGACACUGCUUGCAGUUACCAUCCUGGGCCUGCCGUCUUCCAUGAUCGGAUGAGAGGGUGGAAAUGCUGUGACAUUCAUGUGAAGGAAUUCGAUGAGUUCAUGACAAUUCCGACUUGCACCAAGGGAUGGCACAAUGCCGAUCCAGCGUCAUAAGAAGCAGAAACUAAAGUACGAUGCAUUUCUUUCGUUACUCCUCAAUUUGGGUUGUCAGAGUUGGUUUUGUGCUGCAGCAAUUCAUUAUAAUUGACAUGUUCCAUUGUUAUCAACUAUUCCAACCAUUCACAUUGAAGAAAUGAAACCAUGAUAGGUCCUUGUACUUUACCCUUUGAAUUUUAACACGAUCUGGUAUGGUUAUUUUACGCUUUCAAGGACUGUUUGUAGUGUCAUGAAGAUUACAGUAAUGAGUUAUUAGGUCUUGGUUACUUUUUAAAACUUCCAGACCUUUUUGUUUUUUCUCUUA